AUGCCAGGAAUCCCACACGAAGAGCCUGAAAUGCUCGAUGUUUCAAGCGGCCAACCAGGAAUGGUAGUCAAUGAUAUAAUUAAUGAAGAACACUCUUUACUACAUGGAACCGAAAAUUAUCAAUCAACUGCUGGAGAAGAUGAAGAUGAUGAAUUAUUAAAGGCUCAAAAGUUAAAUAAUGGUUAUGCUGUACCACCAUCAAGAUUGAAAGUUAUUUUAGUAGGGAUGUAUAUGGCAUCUUUCUUAAGUGCUUUGGAUAUGACUGUGGUAUCUACAUUAUUAACAACCAUUGCUUCAGAUUUAGAUGCUAUUCCAAAUAUGAGUUGGAUAGCUACAGCCUAUUUAUUAUCAUCAGCAGCUUUCCAACCUUUAUAUGGGAAAUUAUCCGAUAUCUUUGGUAGAAAAACUAUUUUGAUAAUGUGUGAUAUAUUCUUCGCUGUUGGAUGUAUUAUCUGUUCAUUUAAAUCCUUCCCUGCUUUGGUCAUUGGUAGAUUUGUUACCGGUAUGGGAGGUUCAGGUUUUAAUACUGUUUGUACUGUUUCAGUAUCAGAUAUUGUUCCUUUAAGAGACAGGGGUGUUUUCCAAGGUAUUGCCAAUAUUGCCUUCCUGAUUGGUGCUGCUUCAGGUGGUAUUCUUGGAGGUGUUAUUCAUGAUUUACUUGGAUGGAGAUGGAUCUUUAUUUUACAAGUUCCUUUUACGAUGUUGAUUGGUUUAGCUUUCUAUUUCUUCUUUAAUUUACCUCAUGGAUCUCCAGGACUUGGAUCUCCCGGUCACGUGAAAGAAAAAUUGAAAAGAGUUGAUUUCUUAGGUUCCAUUAGUUUGGUUUCUGCUUUAAUGUGUAUUUUAUUAGCUGCUUCUUUAGGUAACCAAUACUUUAGUUAUACUUCAUUCACCUUUAUUGGAUUGAUUAUUGGUGCCAUGAUUGCUUUAUCAUUGUUCGUUUACAUCGAAUUAAAUGUUGCCCCAGAACCUAUUUUACCAAUUACUUUGAUGGCCAAUAGAACAGUGUUAUCAUCAUCAUUAUGUAAUUGGUUCUUCACUAUGGCUACUUUUACCAUUAUUUUCUAUUACCCAAUUUACCUUAAUGCUGUGAUUGAAUUACCUCCAAGUAAAGUUGGUUUGAGAGUCAUUGGUAAUUUCGUAGGGGUAGCUAUUGGAUCUUUAAGUGCUGGUAUUUAUAUGAAGAAGACAGGGAGAUAUUAUAAAUUGACAAUCUUUUCUGCCUUAGUUACAUGGUGUGGGAUUUUUGCUUUCAAUUUCUUAACACCUCAUACUUCACCAAGAAUUCAAAUGAUAAUGAUGACGGCUCCAGGUUUUGGUUAUGCUAUUAUGUUAACUGUUACAUUACUCGCAUUAAUUUCAGCCGCACCUGUCAAAUUCCAAGCUGGAACUACUUCAAUCCAAUACACUUUUAGAUCAACUGGUUCCACCAUUGGUGUCUCAAUUGCGUCAGCAAUCUUCCUGAAUGUUUUAGUUAAAACCUUAAAUGCUAAAAUUCCGGAAAUUGUUGAAGAUCCAAAAUUAGCUAAGUCUAUUAUUGAAAGAGCUUUGAAAAAUACAGAUUUCGCCAGAGAUCAACCCAAAUUAAUCAACGAAGUGUUAAGAUCUUGUUAUGAUACUGCUUGUAAGUCAUCAUUCCAUUUCGCCACAGUUAUUGUUAGUUUCGGUGUUGUAGCUGGAUUAUUUAUGAGAGAAAACAAAUUACAUGCAAGUGUUGAUAGAGAUUAA